ACAGCACUUCAGCAUCUGCACACUGGAAUCUACAGGUCAAAAUGAAGUUUGACAGCAUUCUGGCAGAGGCAAAUGGGUUUGGGCCAUACCAGAUCGCACUGGUCUUGCUACUAGCCAUACCACGCCUCACACUACCAUGCCAUUUCCUGCUGAACAAUUUUAUUGCUGCCAUCCCUUCUCACCAUUGUGACAUCAGCCAUUUGGAUGACCAUGGGAUUUUUGAGAAUCUGACUCAGGAGGAGAGACUGACUGUCAGUAUUCCAGCACAUGAAGAUGGGAGUUUUGCUUACUGUCACAUGUUCUCUCAUCCUCAGUUUCACCUGCUGUCAAACUCAUCUAGUUCUUCUGAGUUUGCUGUAGUUCAGUGUCAGAAUGGAUGGAAGUAUGAUAACAGUACAUUCAGCAGCACUCUGGCCACACAGUUUGAUUUAGUUUGUGAAAACAAGGGACUGGCACAAGCAUCAGGAACCAUAUUUUUUGUGGGUGUCAUGGUUGGAGCAGUUUUCUUUGGAACAAUCAGUGACAAGUAUGGCCGUAGGAGCAUGUUGCUGUUGUCCUACAUCUUAUCUAUAGUGUUCAGUGCUGCUAGCGCCUUCUCCACUACCUAUAUUAUGUUCGCCGUCUUCCGCUUCUUCAGUGGAUUUGCACUGACGGGUAUCACAAACAUAUCAUUUGUGCUCAGUAUUGAAUGGGUUGACACUAAACACCGUACAUUUGUAGCAGUGUUUGGCAGUCUGGCCUGGGCUAUAGGAAACAUGAUGCUGGCAGGUUUCGCUUAUCUGAUUACUGAUUGGAGGAUGUUGAUUAUUACCAUCACUUCUCCACUUCUUCUCGCAGCUGCCACCUGGUGGUGGAUCCCUGAAUCGGCCCGGUGGCUCAUAGCAAAUAAUAAGCCAAACACAGCUUACAAGUAUCUGGAAAAAUGUGCUAAGUUCAAUAACAAAGAAGACUUCACAUCCAGAGUCAAGCCAGAGUCUAUGUCAAAUGUGGUGACUGUGGAUAAACCGGAUCGCAUUUAUACCUACUUAGACCUCAUCAAAACCCCAAAGCUGAGGAAUCUUACACUGUUUACAGGCAUAGUGUGGUAUGGCGUUUCAUUUACAUACUAUGGGAUCAGCUUAAACAUCACUGGCUUUGGGCUUGGUCCUUUUCUGACACAUUUCAUUUACGCAGCCAUAGAGUUCCCUGCAAAAAUCCUCACCUACUUCUGUCUUGACAAAGUCGGCCGCAGGCUCUGUCAAGCUGGGUCAUUGAUAUUAACAGGACUCUGUAUACUCAUCAACAUCAUCACACCUGCAGAAUACUGGGUGUUCCGGACUGUAAUUGCUGUGUUGGGUAAAGGACUUUCAGAGGUUUCAUUUACUACCGUGUUUCUCUACACUGCAGAGCUGUAUCCCACAGUCUUGAGGCAGAAUGGUCUUGGCUAUACCAGUUUCUUGGCUAGGCUGGGAGCUUCUGUUGCUCCUCUUAUCACGCUAUUAGAUAACAUCCCAGAGAUGAUUUUCUGCUCAUUUGCCAUCUUUUCUGGUGUCAUCGCUUCGCUUCUUCCUGAAACCACCAACAAAAGAUUGCCAGAAACCAUAGAUGAUGUUGAAAGGAAAUCCCCCACAACUUUGGAAAAGACUGCAUUUGAAAAGACUGAGAAGACUGAAAAUCCAGACAUAAGCUUAAGAGAGUCAGAGCAAUAAUAGUGUGAAAUCGCUAUAAUGUAACUAAAUUAUCAACUGUUAGUUUUUACUUAUUUUGAUAGUUUUAUAUUAUUUAUUUAUCUACAGCUUGAGACUCAUCACUGUUACAGCCGUGUCCCUCAAAUGUGCAAAUGCUGAUCGUAAAAUCUUUUGAAAAACCUGUUCUAAAUCUGUAUGAGUUUCUUUAUUGUGUUGAACAGAAAAGAAGAUAUUAGCACACAGUUGAUGUUACUUCCAUAGCAUGAUGGAACUUCCAUAGCAUUUACUAUGGUUACAGUCGACUGUGUGCUUACCAUCCAUCAUUUAUCAAAAUAUCUUCUUUUGUGUCCAUCAAGCUUGGAAAAGCAAGGACAUUUACUAAAAUAACUCCAAAUGUGCUCAUCUAAUAGAUGUUGGAAAUAUGUAUCUCAGAUUGCUUCAGGGUGAGUACAUCAUAGGGUAAUUUUGAUAUUCGGCUGGAGUUUCACUUAAAAAGCUGUUAAUAUACAUCUUGUGAUAGCUUCAGACAUCUACUUCUCUAGAUUUCUGGACAAAUAUGUUUUGUCCCUUAGAAUUGCAACUGUACAUAGUUAUAUAUGUGUUCCUCUAGCUCAGUGGUGAAGCAUUGCGCUUGCAGCACAAAUGUGUUCGAUCCCAGUGUAACACACUUUAUUAAAAAAAAAAAUGUUUUGUAAUGCACUGUAAGUCAGUUUGGAUAAAAGUGUUUGCAAAAUGCAUAAUGUAAAUAAAUAAAUACUUUUACUCCAUCUGUCCCAGCACCAUGGACAGCACCCACACCUGCAUUAGUUUCAUUGAAUUGUAUAGACGGUUUUAAGCUUCUGGACAGAAUUUACUCUUCGGUCUCUGUUUGUUGUAUGUUUUGGCUAGUGGCUAUACUGAACUCUGGAACAAAUACCUUGUCAAAAAAAAAAAAAAAAACAAGUUUUGUUUUCCUAAAGACGAGGGGGGGUGGCGAUCAUGGAUCACCACUAUAUGUUAAGGGAGGUUUGGCAGCCGAUCUGUUAACAUUGUAUACAUUAUUUAGUACACAUUUUGGACAGUAACGUUAGCUCAGUGUAUAGUUUUUGAUACGCUUUAGCUGAUUUGAA